CCAUGAGCCCGCAAUGAUGAUGGCCCGCAAGCAAGAUGGCCGCACGCCCACCUACAACGUCAGCGUGGUGGGACUGUCCGGCACCGAGAAGGAGAAGGGCCAGUGCGGCAUCGGCAAAUCCUGCCUGUGCAACCGCUUCGUGCGGCCCAGCGCCGACGACUUCCACUUGGACCACACGUCCGUGCUCAGCACCAGUGACUUUGGGGGCAGGGUGGUCAACAAUGACCACUUCCUCUACUGGGGCGAGGUGGCGCGGCCGCUGGAGGAGUGCGUGGAGUGCCGCGUCCACGUGGUGGAGCAGACGGAGUUCAUCGACGACCAGACCUUCCAGCCGCACCGCAGCACGGCGCUGCAGCCCUACAUCAAGAGGGCGGCGGCCACCAAGCUGGCGUCGGCCGAGAAGCUCAUGUACUUCUGCACCGACCAGCUGGGGCUGGAGCAGGACUUUGAGCAGAAGCAGAUGCCCGACGGCAAGCUGCCGGUGGACGGCUUCCUGCUCUGCGUGGACGUCAGCCGCGGCAUGAACCGCAACUUCGACGAGCAGCUCAAGUUCGUCUCCAACCUCUACAACCAGCUGGCCAAGACCAAGAAGCCGGUGGUGGUGGUGCUGACCAAGUGCGACGAGGGCGUGGAGCGCUACAUCCGCGACGCCCACGCCUUCGCGCUCGGCAAGAAGAACCUGCAGGUGGUGGAGACCUCGGCGCGCUCCAACGUCAACGUGGAGCUGGCCUUCAGCACCCUGGUGCAGCUGGUGGACAAGAGCCGCGGCAAAGCCAAGAUCAUCCCCUACUUCGAGGCGCUCAAGCAGCAGAGCCAGCAGAUCGCCGCCGCCAAGGACAAGUACGAGUGGCUCGUCAGCCGCAUCGUCAAGAGCCACCACGAGGUCUGGGCCAACGUCAGCCGCAAGAUGCAGCCGGCGCCCGAGUACCAGGAUUACGUCUACCUGGAGGGCACCUCCAAGGCCAAGAAGCUCUUCCUGCAGCACGUGCAGCGCCUCAAGCAGGAGCACAUCGAGCGGCGCCGCAAGCUCUACCUGGCCAAGCUGCCGCAGGCGCUGGACGCCCUGGUGCCCGACCUGGACGAGAUCGACCACUUGAGCCGCGCCAAAGCCGAGAAGCUGCUGGAGGCCAAGCCCGACUUCCUCAAGUGGUUCGUGGUGCUGGAGGAGACGCCGUGGGACGCCACCAGCCACGUGGACAACGUGGACAACGAGCGCAUCCCCUUCGACCUGCUGGAGACGCCGGCGGCCGAGCAGCUGUACGAGCAGCACCUGGAGAAGCUGCGCGACGAGCGCAAGCGCGCCGAGAUGCGCCGGGCGUUCCGCGAGAACCUGGAGAGCUCGCCCUUCGUCACGCCCGGCAAGCCCUGGGAGGAGGCGCGCAGCUUCAUCAUGAACGAGGAUUUCUACCUGUGGCUGGAGGAGUCGGUCUACAUGGAGAUCUACGGCAAGCACCAGAAGCAGCUGAUCGACAGAGCCAAGGAGGAUUUCCAGGAGCUGCUGCUGGAGUACUCGGAGCUCUUCUACGAGCUGGAGCUGGACGCCAAGCCCAGCAAGGAGAAGAUGGGCGUCAUCCAGGAGGUGCUGGGCGAGGAGCAGCGCUUCAAGGCGCUGCAGAAGCUGCAGGCCGAGCGCGACGCGCUCAUCCUCAAGCACAUCCACUUCGUCUACCACCCCACCAAGGAGACGUGCCCCAGCUGCGCCGGCUGCGUGGACGCCCGCGUGGAGCAGCUGCUGGGCUCGCGCUUCAUCCGGCAGCACCGCAACCCUCUGGCCGACCCCGGCGUGGACCGCAUCAACCUGGUGAUCCUGGGCAAGGACGGGCUGGCACGCGAGCUGGCCAACGAGAUCCGCGCGCUCUGCACCAGCGACGACAAGUACGUCAUCGAGGGCAAGAUGUACGAGCUGGCGCUGCGGCCCAUCGAGGGCAACGUCCGGCUGCCGGUCAACGCCUUCCAGACGCCGACCUUCCAGCCGCACGGCUGCCUGUGCCUCUACAACUCCAAGGAGUCGCUGUCCUACGUGGUGGAGAGCAUCGAGAAGAGCCGCGAGUGCACCGUGGGCCGGCGCGACAACCACCCGGCGCAGCUGCCGCUGACGCUGAUCCUGGUGAACAAGCGCGGCGGCGGCGACGCCGGCGGCGAGACGCUGCAGAGCCUGAUCCAGCAGGGCCAGCAGAUCGCCAGCAAGCUGCAGUGCGUCUUCCUGGACCCCGCCUCGGCCGGCAUCGGCUACGGCCGCAACAUCAACGAGAAGCAGAUCGGCCAGGUGCUCAAAGGGCUGCUGGACGCCAAGCGCAACCUCAACCUGGUGGUCAGCGCCACCUCGGCGCUCAGGGACGGGGACGGCUCGGCCGACCUGCUGGACAACGACGUGAGCCGCGAGCAGGUGGCCGAGGGCGAGGAGAUCGCGCAGGAGAUCGAGGGGCGCUUCGCCACCCUGUCCUGCGGGCAGCCCCAGCCCAAGCUGGACGCCUUCCAGCCCUUCUUCAAGGACGCGCUGGACAAGAAGAACAUCGUGGAGGCCACGCACAUGUACGACAACGCCGCCGUGGAGGCCUGCGGCACCGGCGAGGACGUCUUCAACUCGCCGCGCGCCGGCUCGCCGCUCGGCAACUCCAACCUGCCCGACUCGGAGGACGACCCCGAGCCGCCGCCCGGCUACAGCCCCUUCCGCGAGGACGUGGUGCUGCCGGCGCUGCCCAAGGACCACUCCAAGCUGUCCAUGGAGCUGGAGGGCAACGACGGCUUGUCCUUCAUCUUCGAGAGCAAGCUCAACAACAAAGUGCCGCCGCCCGUCAAGCCGAAACCGCCCGUCCACUUCGACAUCAACAAGGGCGACCUCGGCUACCUGGAGCAAAGCCACCGCGAGGGCCAGCGGCGCUCGGUGUCCUCCUCCACCUGGCUGCCGCCGGACUGCUUCGACCCCUCGGACUACGCCGAGCCCAUGGACGCCGUGGUGAAGCCGCGCAGCGAGGAGGAGAACAUCUACUCGGUGCCCCACGACAGCACCCAGGGCAAGAUCAUCACCGUGCGCAACAUCAACAAGGCGGCGUCCAACGGCAGCGGCAACGGCUCGGACAGCGAGAUGGACACCAGCUCCCUGGAGCGAAUUUUCCGCAAUUUCCCCCUGAAAUUUCUGGGAUCUUCCAAGAUUUUCCCAGGGGAUGAAGGUUGA